GUUCCGGCGGACCCCCGGAAACGAGAAGGGGCGGCGAGGCGCCGCCAGGUGGCGGACCCCGUCCCUCUAUGCUGACGGAGCUGGACCGGACCAACGUCGACUUCGCCGCCGGCCAAACCGGCCUGGGACGUUGCCACCCGGCUGCUGGAAUCGCGGGCUUGAGGCCCAGGCCUCACCAUGCCCGGCGUGAAGCUGACCACCCAGGCCUACUGCAAGAUGGUGCUGCACGGGGCCAAAUACCCCCAUUGCGCCGUCAACGGACUUCUUGUAGCCGAGAAGCAGAAGCCCCGCAAAGAGCAGCCGUCGCAUGGCGGCCUGAGCUCUCACCAGACCCUCUUCGUGGACUGUAUCCCCCUCUUCCAUGGCACCCUGGCCCUGGCCCCCAUGCUGGAAGUGGCCCUAACCUUGAUUGAUUCAUGGUGCAAAGAUAAUAGCUAUGUGAUUGCUGGUUAUUAUCAAGCUAAUGAACAUAUAAAUGACGCCAGUCCAAAUCAGGUUGCUGAGAAGGUAGCUUCCAGAAUCGCUGAGGGCUUCAGUGACACCGCGCUCAUCAUGAUAGACAACACAAAGUUUACAAUGGAGUGCAUAGAACCCACCAUUCAUGUGUAUGAGCAUCAUGAAAACAAAUGGAGGUGCAGAGAUCCACACUAUGACUAUUGUGAAGACUGGCCAGAAGCCCAGAGAAUCUCGGCAUCUCUCUUGGACAGCAGGUCUUAUGAAACCCUUGUGGAUUUUGAUAACCACCUGGACGACAUCCGAAAUGAUUGGACAAAUCCAGAGAUCAAUAAAGCUGUUCUACACCUUUAUUAAAGAGGGAUUCCACUGACUGAUUUAUGGGCAUUUCCACUACACUGAAGAGGAAAAAAGAAAUAUUUUUAAAUGUAAAUAGAAUAAUAUCUCAUACCUUGUGUGGAAAGGCAGCAGUUUUAAGAAAUGGCAUGUGGCUUCAAAGAGGCAAUGUGUCUAAGCAGUCGUCUUUUUAAAACAAAGAUCUCUAGAGGAGAUACAGACUGUCAAGUCUAGCUAUCCUUGUGGAUUCUUUCCCAGUUGUAUGUUGUUCUAACCUUCAAAAUCAAAGCUAUUUCAGCUUGUCCAAGAUUGUUUCUAUUAAAUGAUUUUAAUUAACCUCUUAUAA